AUGGGCAGCUUCCUCAGGGGUGACAGGGGCGGCUUCCUGGCCCUCCUGGCCUGGCUUCAGCUUCUUCAGCCUCUGUUCAGUGGUACUUACAGACCCAGGGAGGAUUCCAGAGUGAUGCCCACAGGUCCAGAGGCCUCAGCACAGUCGGACCACGUAAAAUCCCUGAGUAUUUCAGAUCCUUCGGUAGUUCCAGUGUCUCCAGAUCCUACUGGAACUCCAGGAUCAGGGACUCCUUGGCCGACCGCAACCCAAGAUGCCUUGAAAUUCGGUGGUAGCUUUCCAGGAGGACCGUUUUUUGCAGUACUGCUUACUGAACCAUGUGGCCACAGAAUUAUGGAGUUCGCUCACGGAAGGCCGUCCGCAGUGAGGAAGUGGCCUUGGCAGGUGAGCCUGCAGAGCAGAAAAGAACACAUAUGAGGAGGCUCCCUCAUCAACCGUCAGUGGGUGCUGACUGCGGCCCACUGUAUAUAUGGCCAGGAGGAAUACGCUGUGAUGCUGGGAGACAAUGCGUUGAAUCCUAAAUCUGGAAAUGGGACUCUGAUCCCAGGAAAAGACAUCAUUUAUCCUUCCAGUUUUGACCUUCAAACCAUGCAAAGUGACAUUGCUCUUGCUCUGCUGGUCUCCCCUGUGAAUUUCUCCCCACUUAUCCAGCCUGUGUGCCUUCCUGGAAAGCCCUUCCAAGUGGAGAAUAGGACGUCGUGCUGGGUGACUGGCUGGAGCCUCCAGGAUGAAAAUGGUGAGUCAGUGUUUGCUCCAGUUCUCCUCCAGGAGGCUCAGGAAAGCAUUCUUCUCCGGAAGCGCUGUAAUCAGGUGCUCCAGACACAGCUGAAAACAACAGAAGACCUAGUGAUAAAAGGGAUGAUCUGUGGCCGCCAUGACUCGGGACAGAGUCCUUGCUGGGGAGAUUCUGGGAGCCCCCUUGUCUGUGAAUCUGACAACAGGUGGACCCAGGUGGGGAUUGUGAGCUGGGGCAUCAACUGUGGCAGCACCGCUGUUCCCUCAGUUUACACAGACAUCGUCGAAUACAAGGAAUGGGUCAAAUAUAUUUUAAGUCAGCCUUCCUGUGUGGAUUCUGUGGGACUCAUGGUCCUACACCUGCUUCUGAUGCUGCAACUGGCCAUCUUGGUAAUGCUGUGA